UUUCCUUCCUUCCUUCUCUGAACAGCACAGUCCAGCAAACAAGGCAGAGAGAGAAAGAGAGAGAGAGAGAGAGAGAGAGCUCUCUUUUAUGGUGGAAGAACAGUAGUGGGGGAUGAAUUAUUGGGUCAAUGUAGAACGGAGCUUCUUCGCUACUGCUGAUAAUACGCGACAGCAUCCGGGGUUAGUCGGGAGGGUUUUGGAGUAUCUCUGGAGCUGAAAGAUCGGUGCUUUUUGGGGCUAUCUCAGUUCGUCGUGUCGGAGGCAGAGGUGGGAAGGCAGAGAGGGGUAUAUGCCCUCCUUCUUCUACUAUAUGGACCCAUUUCUCUCGUCUUUGUGUUGAUUGUCGCCGUCUGUGAAAGUCCCUUUUGCAGAUUUCGUGGAUCUGAAAACUUUAAAGCUGAGCCCUUUGACUUCGUCCGUCUCUCUCUUUGAUUCGAUUGCUCGGUGGUUUAAUCUUGAAAUCACUUCUUCUUUAGUUGGAUUAAACCCUUUGAUUUUUUGUCCUGGGUCGAGCUUUUCUCGGGUUGUAAGUUCAGGUUUCUGCUGGAAUUGGGGGUUUUGUUUGAUCUGCUUCAAAGCCUUUGCGGGUGCGGCUUUGUGUGUCUUUUAGAGACUUUGACUAGGGUUUCUGUUCAAACCAGAGGAGCUUGUGAGAGGGUGGGGUAUUGUUGUUAGAUGGGCUAAAUCAAGUUUGUCGCUUGAGGUAGAAAGAGUUCCAUUGUCUGUCUGUCUGUCGGUUGAAAAGCUUUGAUGAAUUGGUUUUCAUGGAAGCCCCUAGCACACUGUGCAGCCAUAGUGUUCGACAAGAAAAGUAAAAACCGAGAUGGGCCUGGUCCAACCCCCAUCGAGGCGAAGGGCUACUCGGGCGGUUCGAGGGAGAGGAAGCUGAGGGAGGCCAUUCAAGAGGCCUCUGAGAUUGGGUCUCUCACCAAAGCCCUGGAAAUCGUCUUCAACUCACCCGCUAGCGAGGAUGAGCCUGCAGCUGCUGCAGGGCGAUCCCGCACGCUUGCCCGGCUCGAGUGCCAGGGAUUCUUCCUCCGUUCCACCGCCGAGGCUGCCGGGACCACGUUCGAUUCUGAAGACUCCAUUCCCAAUGUUGAAGAAGCUGCCUCCAAGUUCCUGGCGAUGUACCCAUCAUAUUCUUCUUCCCAGAAGAUUGAUCAGCUUCGGGCGAAUGAGUACUCCCACUUGUUCCCGAAGGUAUGCCUUGACUUCUGUGGUUUUGGGUUGUUCUCGUACCUCCAGAGUGUCCACUACUGGGAGUCCUCCACAUUUAGCUUGUCUGAGAUAACUGCAAACUUGAGUAAUCAUGCUCUGUAUGGUGGGGGUGAGAGAGGAACUGCGGAGUACGAUAUUAAGACCAGAAUUAUGGAGUUCUUGAACAUACCCGAGAAUGAGUACGGCCUUGUUUUCACAGUGAGCAGAGGCUCGGCAUUUAAGUUACUGUCUGAUGCUUACCCUUUUCACACGAAUCGGAGAUUGUUGACCAUGUUUGACCAUGAGAGCCAGUCUAUUAAUUGGAUGGCCCAGAGUGCCCGAGAGAAGGGCGCAAAGGUAAAUAAUGCAUGGUUCAAGUGGCCCACGCUUCAGCCCUGUUCAACUGAUUUAAGGAAGCAGAUACUGAACAAAAAGAAGAGGAAGAAGGCUUCUGCUGUCGGCUUGUUUGUGUUUCCUGUCCAGUCGAGGGUCUCAGGGGCUAAGUAUUCAUACCAGUGGAUGGCCCUAGCCCAUCAGAACAACUGGCAUGUCUUGCUUGAUGCGGGCGCACUGGGUCCCAAGGACAUGGAUUCCCUCGGGCUUUCCCUGUUCCGGCCUGAUUUUAUAGUCACAUCAUUUUACAGGGUGUUUGGCUACGACCCUAGUGGGUUUGGUUGCCUUCUCAUCAAGAAAUCCGUCAUGGGAAGCCUUCAGAAUCAGUCGGGUGCUACAGGUUCAGGAAUGGUGAAGAUAACCCCCGAGUUCCCUCUUUAUCUAGGCGAUUCCAUGGACGGCUUGGAAGGAAUUCCCAGCAUUGACGAUGAAGCUGCUUUGAAUGGCGAUUGUAACGCUAGUAAUAAUAAUAAUGCCUCUGAGGCUCGGGCAGGGCAGCAGCUCCCUGCCUUCUCAGGUCUCUACACUUCUGCCCAGGUGAAGGAUGUGUUUGAGACUGAGAUGAAUGAUGGGAAUAUCUCUGAUAGGGAUGGGGCAAGCACUUGCUUCGAGGAGAGUGGGAGCAUCUCUAUUGGGGACAUGAUGAAGAGUCCAGUGUUCAGUGAAAAUGGGUCAUCGGACUACUCAUACUGGAUUGAUUUAGGUCAAUCUCCUGUAGGGAACGAUAAUGGUGCCCCUUUAACGCCGACUUGGAUGAAUGGCAGGAAGAAAGAGAGGCAACUCUUUCUGAAACCCUCAUCAAAGGUCCACGGAAGCCCUCUGUUUGACAAUGGUGAUGACCAUACCCGUGGUGCUCUCUCCUUUGAUGCUGCAGUACAAUCAGCUUUCCAUGAUCCUGAUCGACUCAGACAUAUUGACGAGAUAAAAGAGGAGCCGGAACCUGCUACAGGUGACUCCCACCUUAUGAAUGAAUGUAGUCAGAAGGAGAGUGCAAUAAGGAGAGAAACAGAAGCCGACUUUAGGCUGUUAAGGAGUAGAAGGACAAACCGGUAUGCUGGUGGUGGUCGGUUCUUCGGGGUGGAGGAGAGUGAGCAGAUAAACCGGGGAAGAAGAGUAUCCUUUUCAACAGAAGACAAUCACAGAGGCGACCAGGUGAUCACCACUGCAGAGCAUGGAGAAGUAUCUGCAAAUGGUGCAGAGGAUGAAGAGUACAGCAGUGAGGGUGAGUAUGGAGAUGAACUAGACUCUGACCGAAAAGAACCUGAGAUCUCGUGUUGGCAUCUUGAUCACAUCAACGAGUUGGGCCUAAAUAAGACUUCAAGUCGGCUCCGGUUCUUAAUCAAUUGGCUAGUCGCAUCACUGCUGCAGCUGAGGCUGCCCAAUGGUGGGGAGACUCUCGUGUACAUCUACGGUCCGAAGAUAAAGUACGAGAGAGGAGCAGCUGUUGCCUUCAAUAUUCGGGAUAGGAGCAAGAAUGGACUUGUCAGCCCAGAGCUAGUUCAGAGGCUUGCUGAAAGGGAAGGGAUCUCUGUAGGAAUUGGGUUUUUGAGUCACAUACAGGUUGUCGAGAGCUCAAGACACCAACAUGGGGGUCCGAGUUUCGAGGAAACGACCGUGUUGCGACCGUUGGAGAAUGGCAGUCGUAAUAGCAGUGAGAAGAAAGCAUUUGUCAGGAUCGAGGUUGUAACAGCUUCUCUCGGUUUCCUGAGCAACUUUGAGGAUGUCUACAAGUUGUGGGCUUUUGUUGCGAAGUUUCUCAACCCGGGAUUCGCCCGAGAAGGAGAGCUCCCAACUGUUGCAGAAGAAUCAGAGGCGUGAGAGCUCAGAAAAGAAUUGACGAUUCCUUUUGCACUGCAAGCAAUCAACUUUCAGGUAAAAUUUGGGAGAGGGAAAGAGCACAGAAGGCGGAAUGUUUUCGCAGCUGUGGAGCUGAUUCUUUUGCCCGGGUCAUCCGCAAGACCCUAGCAAGCGAUGAAUUUGUUAAUUCAUGAUGUUCGUUGGAAGUUUGUGUUUAAUGUAUUUUUGUUCUCCUUUUUCUUGAUUACUGUAGAGUUGGUUUGGUUCUGGAAAAGAAAUUUGUAUCCUUUAGCAGAACUUAAGGAAACAGUCUUUUUGCUUUUACACAGUUAGCAGUUUUUGGUUCAGCAUGUAAAUAUUUAUUAGCUUCUCUCGAGCUGUGUCAAAUUCCAUAGACUGAUCCUUUCUCUUUGGAAUAA